CUCCGGGCUGGUGAGGAGCUCCGGGCUGGUGAGGAGCUCCAGACUGGCGAGGUUGUCCGCCUGGGGCGCUGGGGAUGAAGAGCACUGGGGGCGACUUUACGCGAGGCAGCAAUGACGACGCGUGAUUUUAAAGGCUCUGCAGUGAUGAAGCGGAUCAGAGGAAGCAAAGUGAUCCUAGUGGAACCAAACGGAUAUUUCCGUGGAGGAGUCCUAAGGGGAUGGAUUUUGCAGAGCAAAGCUGUAAGCUGCCAACUCUGACUUCUGAGGAAGCCUUACCUCCACGUUCCCCGUGGUGCUUUUGCACAGGCUAUUUAGGCACAUCUCGGCCGCCGUGGCGGGGCAAGGCUCAGCUGUUGUGGGGGGCGGGGCCUUCGCAGAGCAUGGCGGCGGGCGAGUUUGAGGGCGGCAAGCCCCUGAACGGGCUGCUGAAUGCGCUGGCGCAGGAGACUUUCCACGGGCACCCCGGCAUCACAGAGGAGCUGCUGCGGAGUCAGCUGUAUCCAGAGGUGCUACCCGAGGAGUUCCGCCCCUUUCUGGCAAAGAUGAGGGGGAUUCUUAAGUCUAUUGCAUCUGCAGACAUGGAUUUCAACCAGCUGGAGGCAUACUUGACUGCUCAAACCAAAAAGCAAGGUGGGAUCACAUCUGACCAAGCUGCUGUCAUUUCUAAAUUCUGGAAGAGCCACAAGACAAAAAUCCGUGAGAGCCUCAUGAACCAGAGCCGCUGGAAUAGCGGGCUUCGGGGCCUGAGCUGGAGAGUUGAUGGCAAGUCUCAGUCAAGGCACUCAGCUCAAAUACACAUGCCUGUUGCCAUUAUAGAGCUGGAAUUAGGCAAAUAUGGACAGGUUACGAGUUGCUGUGAUCCAAGCACUUUGGGAGACUGAUUAGCUGAGUGUGGUGGUGCAUGCCUGUAGUUCCAGCUACCCAGGAGUCUGAGGCACAAGAAUCACUUGAGCCUGGAAGGCGGAGGUUGCAGUGAGAACAGAUCCCUGCACUUUAGCCUGAGUGACGGAGUGAGACUCUUUGUCCAAAAAAAAAGUGUAAAAGCAUGGCAAUGAUUUCAUGGCUGUGUACACAGCCAUGAAGUAUUAAAGAAAUGGUCACAAUGAAAAUGAUUGAUAUUGCACUUUAAUCCAUAAAACCCUUUUUAAUGCAAAUAUAUGAAGUCAAGAAAAGUUAUAAAGAAUAAAGUAAACAAUAACAGAACCUAGACCAGCAGUAAAAUAUAUAGCCCACAUCCUACAGGAAAUGUUUUUGUGAGAAUUGGAUCCUUGGUUAGUACUUAUGCCAGCUUCUAGGUCAGUGUUAUUUAUGAAGUACUUUACUAAAUCAGGUUCCCAAUUUUUAGAAUACCUAUAGGCACCCACACCAAGUUGUUUUCAUACUGCUGUUGUUGGAUGAGCUUGUGAGGAUUAAUGAUCCUAGCAUAUCAAGAAGUUGCUUCCAAGAAGGGUGACCAGGUUAAACUCUGGUGUGUUUGUAUGUCUAUCUGUGUAUCCACGGCAACCAAAAAUACUGUCUUCAGUUUAUGUCAUUUUAAAGCAGUAGUUCUCAACCAUGGUCACACAUAAGAAUCACUUUCAGAGCUUUAAAAAUUUUAAUGCCUAGGCCAUACCCCAGACCAAUUACCUAAGAAUCUGUGGAGAUUGAACAUAGGUUUUGUUAUUGUUUAAAGCUCCCUGAUGAUUUCAGUAUUCAAGGUUGAGAACCACUGUGUGAAAGGUGGCCAGAAUAAUUGGAUUUGAUAUGUUAGUAGAACUUGGUAUCAUAUUUUUACAACAAUUCAGUAUAUGUUGGCAUAUUGCUUCUACUUGACAUAAUUUGUAGAGUGCUUGAGAUUACUUAUUCAGGAACUAGUAAAGAUGGGUUUCUUUUGUUUCCCCCACUCCCUAUUUAAAUUUCUCUCUCCUGCUCACUUUGUCUGUAUUACUUUUCUUUGGUCUAAAAACUGCUUUUAAAAAUCAGCAGCUCAGUACAUACAUAAACUUGUUUUCUGAACCACAUUAUAUAUUGUAAUAUCCUUUGGGAUAUGAGGAAGCCAAAGUAAUAGAGAACUAAGGCAGUAUACCUUAAAGGAAAUCUGCAAAACCAGAGAAAAUGAAUAGGAACUACUGACCCAAUUACUUUGCUUGUAAUGAAUGUUUUUUCCAACAGAAGUAAAAAUUUUGCAAAAAUAAAACAUGAAUCCAUUGU